AUGGCUACUACUACUGCCGACGGAGUCAAGCUCAUCAGCAUCACCACCUCGGAUGGUGUCGAGAUGAAGGUCGAGCGCCCUGUCGCUGAGCGCUCUAUUCUCAUCAAGAACCUGCUUGAGGACCUCGGUGGUGAAUCCGAGGAAUCUAUUCCGAUCCCUAACGUCAACGAGGCAGUCAUGAAGAAGGUCGUCGAAUGGUGCGGCCACCACAAGAACGACCCUCCCGCCACCCAGGAUGACGACUCCGACUCGCGCAAGAAGUCUACCGACAUCGACGAGUGGGACCAGAAGUUCAUGCAGGUCGACCAGGAGAUGCUCUUCGAGAUCAUCCUUGCUGCCAACUACCUGGACAUCAAGGCUCUUCUUGACGUCGGAUGCAAGACUGUCGCAAACAUGAUCAAGGGCAAGUCUCCCGACGAGAUCCGCAAGACCUUCAACAUCCAGAACGACUUCACUCCUGAGGAGGAGGAGCAGAUCCGCCGUGAGAACGAGUGGGCUGAGGACCGUUAA